AUGGCCAGGCAAACAGAAAAGCUGCGAGUCGUGAUUGUUGGAGCCGGCUUCUGUGGCUUGACAGCCGCAAUUGAAUGCCAACUCCGCGGCAUGCAUCCCAUUCUCGUUGAGGCAUAUGGCGGCGCCAGUUCUCACGGAGAUUUGCUGGACUUUGUGCCCAACGCCGGACGCGUCUUUGACUCCUGGGACAACGGGAGAAUUGGCGAGGCAUUGCUCGCCGCCGGCGUCAAUAGGGCAAAGACUCUGGACUUUUACAACCAGGACAAUGUGAUGCUGAGGAGCGAUCCGUGGCCCCAAGGCAUCGACCUCAAGGGCACAUUCGCCGGCCACAGGGGCGCCAUGCACGAAAUUGUUUACAACUACGCCAAUGAGCUCGGUAUUGAGAUGCACUUCAAUUCAAAAGUCGAGCAGUACGUGGAUUCGGACAGCGAACAUGGCGUCAUCAUUGCCGUAACCGGCAAGAAGAUUGUCGGCGACGUUGUGCUCGCGUGCGACGGCCCCAAGUCGUUGGCAAGGUCGCAGAUGCUCGGACUUCCCGAGAGCAGAGUAAACAGUGGCUAUGCGAUCUUCAGAGCCUUCUUUGAGCUCACGGAAGAUAUGCUGAAGGACCCGUUUAUGGCUGAGCUCACCAAGAAGGAUGAGGACACGACGAGAUUCUGGGUUGGCGAAGACAUGCACGGUUUCAUCUACACUUGGAACCAAGGCCGUGAUUGCGCCUGGGUUCUCACUCAUCUUGAUGAUGCGGAUAUCAAGGAGGGUUGGUCAUUCCCUGCCAAGAAGGAGGACGUGCGCUUUUAUCUGAAGAAGGCCAAGUUCCCUGAGGUUUGGAGCCGAGUGCUGGAGUUGACUCCCGAAGAAAGAAUGGUCGAUUACAAACUGGUUUGGAGAGACCCCCUCGCCACGUGGCUGUCACCUUCAAAGCACUGCGCUGUCAUGGGCGAUGCGGCUCAUUGUCACUUGCCCACCUCUGCCAACGGUGCUUGCCAAGCUGUUGAAGACGCGGCAACAAUGGCCAUUUGCUUAGAAAAGUCACAAGGCGACGUCCCUCUCGCUCUCCAAGUGUUUGAACGUAUUCGCUUCAACCGUUCCCACGUCAUCCACCAAGCCUCCAUUUCCACGCGCAACAUUUACCACAAGAACAACUGGACACCUGAGAUGGUUGAGAAGCACCCCGAUUCACUCGUCAUGCCUCUCCUAGACUGGGUCAUGGACUUCGAUUGCCAGAAGAAUGCAGAGGACAACUACGAAAGGUUGGCUGCCGAGGUCAAGUCUGGAAAGACUGGCACCAUCGAGGAGCUUUCCCUUCCGGCGGGCGGAAAUUAUGAUUGUAUGAACUUGAAGGAGGAGGAUAACAAAGCGGCAGCGUUGCAGAAGACGGUGGCGGCGUGA